GAUAAAGACAAAUAUGGCCGACGGAUAUAAAUGAGAAAAGUUGCCUUCAUUUUGACUUGCUUAGACGCGUUCUGAAAGUAAAAAAAUCUAAAGAUGUCUCACGAAGCGAAAGCCGCGGAGCUUAUGGCCGAGGCAGACAGAAAACUGAAGUCUUCUCAGGGUUUUCUAGGCGGAUUUUUUGGAGGUGGAACGAAGAAAGAAGAGGCAGCUGACCUCUAUGUCCGAGCUGCAAACACAUACAAACUGGCCAAGAACUGGAGUGGUGCCGGGAAUGCAUUCUGCCAGGCAGCACAAAUCCAACUCAACUUUCUAGCGAACAAGCAUGAGGCAGCCACUCAGUACAUUGAUGCUGCUAACUGUUAUAAGAAAUCUGAUAACGAUGAAGCAAUCAGCUGUUUACAACAAGGAAUAGAAAUUUAUACGGAUAUGGGUCGCUUCACGAUCGCCGCCAAACAGCACAUGGCUAUAGCCGAAAUUUAUGAAGGAAGUGUCAUAGAUUUAGAGAAGGCAAUCGCUCAUUACGAACAAGCGGCGGAUUUUUAUCGAGGAGAAGAAUCGAAUAGUUCUGCCAACAAGUGUUCACUGAAAGUCGCGCAGUACUCUGCUCAGAUGGAAAACUUCGAAAAAGCCAUUGAAAUUUACGAACAAGUCGCAGCCGACGCCAUCGAGAGUUCACUGUUAAAAUACAGUGCGAAGGAAUAUUUCUUCAAGGCGGCGUUGUGUCAGAUGUGUGUUGACAUGUUGGAAGGGCAGAGAGCUGUGGACAAAUACUGCGACAUGUACGCUGCUUUCCAAGACACCAGAGAAUGUAAACUGCUCAGGGCAUUACUUGAAGCUCAAGAAGAGGAAAAUGUGGAAGCAUUUACGGAAGCGGUGAAGAAUUACGACAGCAUUUCAAGGCUUGAUCAAUGGCUGACUACAAUUUUAUUGAAAAUAAAGAAAGGAAUAAGCGAGGAACCCGAAAUAACCUGAACAUUAAAAAAUAAACCUUUACUUUUAAAGCAUUGAUGAGUCAACUCCACUGUAAACGAAAUCUAACUACUGUAAAUGAACAACGUACAAUCACAUAAAAAGUCGGGUUUCCAUCAGCGAUAUUUUUUUCGUUCGAACCGACAUUUUUCUUCUCUUUAUUUCGCGCGAAAGAAAAGUCGCAGGGUAAUUUUUCAGAUUGUGUGUAGAAAGCAUUAGGCAUAUGAACUAGUUUACUGGUGAUAAAUCUAAUCGCGAUCUAAGAAUGUUGUAAUUCUAAGAAUUGAUUGUCAAUUUACUUUCUAAUGAAGCCCAUAUUGCUAUU